AAAGAAAAGGAAGGGUGUGAUUUCCCAUUUUUCCCUUUUGUGUUUUUGAAUCUCCAAAUCCCUUAGAAAUUGUUUUGUAACAACAUUCAUCAUUUCGGGAGGGGAGUGUACGAUUGUCGUGGAGAUGAACGCCAUUGGAGCAGCCAGCUCUGGGGGUGCGACGGCAGCGUCGGAUUCAUCUACUACAACAAAAAAGAAUUCCAAGAAGCCAAAAUAUUCUAGGUUUACCCAACAAGAACUUCCUGCUUGUAAACCCAUUCUCACACCAGGAUUGGUUAUUACAACAUUUAUUGUGAUUGGCAUUAUCUUCAUCCCCGUAGGACUUGUGUCAUUGUUUGCAUCAGAGAAGGUAGUGGAGAUUGUGGAUCGAUAUGAUGAUGGUUGUGUUCCCCGUAAUUAUAGCAAUAAUAAGCUUGCCUACAUCCGAAGCAAGCUAACAGACAAGAGUUGCACAAGAACUUUAAAUAUUGUUAAGCCAAUGAAAAGUCCCAUAUAUAUUUAUUAUCAGCUUGAUAACUUCUACCAGAACCAUCGUCGUUAUGUUAAAAGUCGAAGUGAUAAACAAUUGCGGAGUAAGAAAGGUGAGAGUGAAACAAAACUAUGUGAUCCUGAGGGUGUAUCAGCAAACGGUCCAAUUGUUCCUUGUGGCCUAAUUGCCUGGAGUUUAUUCAAUGACACAUACAAAUUUAAAGUAAAGAACAAGGUGUUAGAAGUGAACAAGAAAAAUAUAGCAUGGAAGAGUGACAAAUCAAAAAAAUUUGGGUCUGAUGUGUAUCCUAAAAACUUUCAGAGUGGUGGUUUGAUUGGAGGUGGACAACUAAAUUCGAGCAUACCUUUGAGUGAACAAGAAAACCUUAUUGUUUGGAUGCGAACGGCAGCUCUACCAACUUUCAGAAAACUAUAUGGGAAGAUAGAGGAGGAUCUCCAAGCUAAUCAGCAGAUUACUGUGGUAAUACAAAAUAAUUAUAACACUUACAGUUUUGGAGGCAAAAAGAAGUUGGUUCUGUCAACCACAACUUGGAUAGGUGGCAAGAAUGAUUUCUUGGGCAUAGCAUAUGUGACUGUUGGUGGAUUGUGCUUGUUUUUCGCCAUAAGCUUCAUACUUCUGUAUGUUGUCAAGCCAAGGCCUCUUGGUGAUCCAUCAUACUUGUCAUGGAAUAGAAAUCCAGCAGGACAUUUGAACUAAUACGGUAUAGAUAUUUUCAACCCACUCGGCCUUUAUACUUGUUUUUGGCUGAAACUUUGGAAGUUGGUUUAAAAGAGCUCUUCAUUUUUGUUUUAUUUUAUGGGAGGAAC